UUGAAGCCUCUGUGUCAGCUGCUGGCUUUUGGCUCUGCCUUCUCUCGGAGGAAUUUGGGGCUGAAGUUCACUGUGGGAGGCUCAAUCGGCAACUUGUUUUCUGAGGAAGCAAAGUGUUUACAGUCUUUCAGGCCUGCUCCGCUCAGCUGAAGCAGAAAACAGAGGCCUUUUGCAUUACUUUGAUUCAGGAACAAGACAGAAGGCGACUGCAUGAGACCAUGGCUGAGACACCUCGUCCUCCAGGCACUCAGGAGCUCCCGGGGAUUCUGUGGGUCUCGUGGGCAGCUGGCACCACUACCUGUUCCUCAGAAGAUCGUGGCCACCUGGGAAGCCAUAAGCCUGGGAAGGCAGCCGGUGCCUGAGUACUUCAACUUUGCCCAUGAUGUGCUAGAUGUGUGGAGUCGGCUGGAAAAGGCUGGACACCGCCCCCGGAAUCCUGCCUUCUGGUGGGUCAAUGGCACAGGAGCAGAGGUCAAGUGGAGCUUUGAGGAGCUGGGGAAGCAGUCCAGGAAGGCAGCCAAUGUGCUAGCGGGUGUAUGCGGCCUGCAGCCUGGGGACAGAAUGAUGCUGGUACUCCCAAGGAUCCCGGAGUGGUGGCUGGUCAGCGUGGCUUGUAUGCGGACAGGGGCUGUCAUGAUUCCAGGUAUCACUCAGCUGAUGGAGAAGGACCUCAAGUACCGGCUGCAGGCAUCCAGGGCCAAGUCCAUUAUCACCAGUGACUCCAUAGCUCCAAGGGUGGAUGCCAUCAGCGCUGAGUGCCCCUCCCUCCAGACCAAGCUGCUGGUGUCAGAGAGCAGUCGGCCAGGCUGGUUGAACUUCAGGGAACUCCUCCGGGAGGCAUCUACAGAACACAACUGCGUGAGGACAAAGAGUCGAGACCCGCUGGUCAUCUGCUUCACCAGCGGAACAACCGGGGCCCCCAAGAUGGUCGAGCACUCCCAGAGCAGCUACGGCCUGGGUUUUGUGGCCAGCGGAAGACGGUGGAUGGCCUUGACCGAAUCGGACAUCUUCUGGAACAUGACUGACACUGGCUGGGUGAAGGCAGGCUGGACUCUGUUCUCUGCCUGGCCUAAUGGAUCUUGCAUUUUUGUGCAUGAGCUGCCCCAAGUUGAUGCCAAAGUGAUCCUGAAUACUCUCUCCACAUUCCCGAUAACCACCCUCUGCUGUGUCCCAACCAUCUUCCGUCUGCUUGUGCAGGAGGAUCUGACCAGUCACAGGAAUCUACCCACAAAGUGUCCAAAAAGAGGGAGUUCUUAUAUGCAUCUAAAGGGGAAUUCUUCUACAAUGUACCAGUUUCAGAGCCUGAGGCACUGUCUAACCGGAGGAGAGGCCCUCAACCCUGACGUGAGGGAGAAGUGGAAGCGCCAGACUGGUGUGGAGCUGUACGAGGCCUAUGGCCAGUCUGAAACGGUUGUCAUCUGUGCCAAUCCGAAAGGCAUGAAAAUCAAGUCUGGAUCCAUGGGGAAGGCAUCCCCACCCUAUGAUGUGCAGAUUGUGGAUGAUGAAGGCAACGUCCUGCCUCCUGGAGAAGAGGGGAAUGUUGCCAUUCGCAUCAGACCCACCCGGCCCUUCUGUUUCUUCAAUUGCUAUUUGGACAGUCCUGAGAAGACCGCUGCAUCAGAACAAGGGGACUUUUACAUCACAGGGGACCGAGCUCGCAUGGACAAGGAUGGCUACUUUUGGUUCAUGGGAAGAAAUGAUGAUGUGAUCAAUUCUUCAAGCUACCGGAUUGGGCCUGUUGAAGUGGAAAGUGCCCUGGCAGAGCAUCCUGCUGUCCUGGAGUCAGCUGUAGUCAGCAGCCCAGAUCCCAUCAGGGGAGAGGUAACCAGUGCAGUCAAGAACACGGCCUUCUGCUUCUGUACCCAUCAGCACCCAUCAGAAUAGCAAGAAGGCUCAGAUUGUCCUGUAUUUCACCUCCAUCCAUGUGCCACAGAGUUGAAACGCCACCAUCAGACACACAUUACCUUCGUGAAUUUGGAGAUACAGUUACUCUCUAGAGGAACACAAUGGGAAAAUGCCAAUGCUUUGCUUUUAAGUGGACACGACUGGGUCCAAAAGAGGCUGGCUAUAGGGCAGGAGGUCUUAGGGGGAGGUGCAGACUCUGUCAUCCAUCCUGUCUAAUAAAAAGUCAUUUUCUAUUUGCAGAUGAGGAUACAGUGAGCACACCAGACAUGGUUGCUAAUGGCUCUAACUUGAGAGGGAUAGAAUAUAUACCCCAAAUGACCUUGAUAUAUCAGAAAGAUGGGCCAAAUUUAUUAAGCUGGGCUUUCACAGGAGAAAUCUUUCUGUGGGUCCCAGAGGAAUACAUAGUGUGGGAGAGAUCAGCUUACAGGCAGACCUAGGUACUUUUUACUGGCUGUAUAUCCAACAUAAUCCUAAAGCACAACAGUUACCUUUUGAAAGUUAGUGCAACAUCAGCCUGCAUUCUCAGAAGCAUCAGGACUACAGGAGAGAUUCUCAAAGUCUGGUUCUUGGACUGCUUGCAACUGUAACAUCGGAGAUUCCUGUUUAAAAUACAAAUUUGUAGACCUAAAGUCAGACUUACGGAAUCAUAAUGACUGGGAAUGCAGCCCAGAGAAUCUGCAUUUUAGCCAGCCACUCCUGGCCAAAUGAUUCCCCACUAAAAUCUGGGGCAGUUAAUAUAGAAUAAGGGAGGUGUGGAGUACCAUCGAUGUGCUGAAUCAAUCUCACCUGAAAAGUAUGCCUAGUUCAGCAUGUCAUGAGUUAACUGGGACUGUGACAAACAUCUGUGUGCUCAAAGUUAAUCCAUGUAUAGUGCUUAGAACUGAGUCUGCUGAGUAGAAGGCUCCCAACAAAUGUUUAGCAGUUAUAGUAGUAAGAAGAAGCUCUUCCAGAAGUAUAUCUGUUUGAACAUGAAAUGGUAGUGCUCUUUCAUGCCUGUAGGAAGUAUGCAAGGACAGUGGCCUACCCCUUAAUAGAAUAUUGGUUUAUUUGUUUUUUG